AUGCAGAAACUGACUGCACUGAAGCAGCAGACGGUGCAGACGCAGAAGGCGAAAGUUCGUAUCCUUAGAAACGAGCAUAAGCUCUCAAAGGCGCUGAACGACUUCUACGAGAAAGAGCAAAUAGUGAA